AAAAAUCGAGAUUUUUACAUUGAAAUCAUUUUCAUUUUUUCUUUACAUUAAUAUUGCAAUUUGCAAAACUCCAAUUCAGUUUUGUCUAUCUCAUAUAAUAAUUAUUUGGUUUUUGUAGUUUUCAACUAUAAACAAGACCUUUAUCAUGGUGAGAGAUUUUAAAGCCGCGGUUAAUGUUUCGCCUUUAAUCAGAUUUGGCCGUUAUAGCAUGCUGAUAUUGGGUAUUGGUUAUGGAGUCACAAGACACAGUUUCUUGCAAAGAAGCGAAGAUAAAACCAGAGAGGAACGUUAUAAGAAAAAGGCAGAAAGAGACGCAAAACUAGCAUUAGAAAAGAAAAAAUAUGCUGAAGAGGAGAUGAAGGGUUUGGAAGCCAUCAUGAACCCGGUCAAGGAAUCGUAGAUUUAAAAAAGACAUUUUUACAAAACUCCAAAAAUGUAUCUUAUAUUUUGUUGCUUUCAUACCUUCAAUGAAGAGUGUGUUCAGUUGUCCUACGUAGAAUACUUAUUCAAUAAAAACAUGUAAACUAUUUAA